AUGAAGCUGGAGGAGGACAUACCACGUAGGUGUGAUCCCAAACUUUUGGACCAGGCUUGCAUGACUCUGCUCUUCAGAAAGUUAAUCUUACAAAACAAGCGAGAAGCCAGCGAGAACGAGAUUAAAGGAGGGACGUUCUUGCAGGAAGAAAGUUCAAGGGCAGGCAAUUCAGCCCCUGAUUCCAACCCUGUUGUUCUCUUGGCAGGUUACGGCACAGUGGCGUUUGAUGGAGCUCCAAGUUACGGCCAUACUCCCUCUCACCCUGGGGCACAGUUUACAAACCACUCCUUCAAGCACGAGGACCCCAUCGGCCAGCAGACGCCUUUAGGUGACCAACAAUAUUCGGUGCCUCCCCCAGUGUACGGCUGCCACACUCCCACAGACAGUUGCUCCAGCAGCCAGGCUCUUCUCCUGAGGAAUCCUUACAACAGUGACAAUAUAUACCAAAUGACUUCUCAACUUGAAUGCAUGACAUGGAACCAAAUGAACUUGGGAUCCACACUUAAGGGCCAUGCAACCGGAUAUGAAAGUGAUAAUCACACAGCCCCAAUGUUAUACAGCUGUGGAGCCCAGUACAGAAUACAUACCCAUGGAGUUUUUAGAGGAAUUCAA